GAACUGAAAAACGAAUGAUUUCACAUCAUGUUCUGUUUUUAAAAUAAGUACAAGGACUUACAUGGAAUUUACAUGUGGGGGUAUUUGAUUUACAUAUAAGAUAUUUUAUCAAAUCAGUACAGAAGUCAAUAUCUGAUCUUGUAUUCAAUGUUCAAAUGUGUUCAACAAAAGCUACCAUCUUGUAUUUCUGUUUAUUCGAGUUAAAUCAAGAUAAUUUAGUUGUUCUCUAUAUCACUUACUGUCUUUCUACACAUGAAAAUUAAAUCUCAUAUUAAAGUUAGUUUGCAUAAAUUUAGAUAAUGAAUGAAGAGAAUUUAACUUAUGUCACAUUUUUACCAUUAUAUGGAACUUGGCAUAUUUAUCUAACAGUUAUUAUACUUGGUACAAUCAUAAUUUGUACAGUGAUUGGAAAUAUGUUCGUUGUUGUUGCUAUAUUGAUUGACCGUCAUCUACAACGUGUCUCCAACUAUCUGAUAUUGAGUCUGGCCAUAGCAGAUCUUAUGGUUGCCACAUUAGUUAUGCCUGUUAGUGCAUUGAAUGAAGUAUCAGAAAAAUGGUGGCUCGGUGUUCCUCUAUGUGAUAUAUGGACAGUUAUGGAUGUUCUGUGUUGUACAGCUUCAAUUUUACACCUAGUAGCUAUUGCAAUGGAUCGUUAUUGGGCUAUAACAAGAGUAGAUUAUGUAAGAGGUCAAAAUAAGAGACCAAUAUAUAUUAUGAUUAUAAUUGUCUGGAUAUUAUCCUUAGCUAUAUCAUUACCAACACGAUUUCAUACAUCAAGAAAUCCUAGUCUUUAUAAUGAUGUCUUAUACACUGGUGAAUGUAGUAUCAAUAAAGAAUAUGUAUUCACAAUAUUCUCUACAGUUGUUGCUUUCUAUAUGCCAAUGGCAUUUUUAAUUGCUAUUUAUGCAAAAAUUUAUCGUGCAGCCAGAGAACGAAUUAGAAAGAAACGAUUUCAAUCAACUUCAACAACAAUAACACCAUCAAAUAAAACACCAUUGACUAUAUUAUCAAAAAGGUCAAAAUUUUUUCAUAAAAAAAUUAAUAAAAGUUUUAAUAAUAAUUUUACUAAACAAUAUAAAAUAAAUGAUUAUAAAAUUUCUAAAAAUAGAUGUAUAACAUGUUCUACAUGUGUAAAAAUUCAUUUAUUCAAUUGUCCAAUGAAAAUUGAUAUUGAAAAUAGUCGAUCACCAAGUAGUAAUGAAGUUGGAUCAAUAUUCUCAGAAAAUGAUACUUCAUCACCAUAUUUCAGUGAAUAUACUACAGAAUAUUCAGAUAAAUAUUAUAUAACUACUCAAUAUAAUCCUAUAUCUCAACAAAAUAAUAUGAAAAUUUGUAAUAAAAAUCAAAAUAUUACUAAAAUAAAUGAUAUAAGUAAAAAUAAUCAUUCUGUUAAAUGUUUCAAUAUAUCAAUGAAUAAUGACUUCAUUAUGCAUAAAAUGAACAACAGAAUUAUUUUCAACAAAAUAAUCUAUGUAAUUAUACAAAAUUAUCAUCAAUUAACUAUGAUUUAG